AACAAGCUCCAGAGCACAACCUAAUUCAGAAAUGUCGGAGAAUUCGAGCGCGGAAGCAACGCCAUUUGGAAACGACGAGUUGACAGGGGAUCCUGAGCAGCCGAGUGGAUCGAAGAAGAUGCCUGCGAAGUUCCAGCCCCUCCUAGAGAAACUAGAGCACCUGAAAAGGGAGAUGGCCCGGGAGGAGGAAUUGAAUGGGCUGUUCAAUCGCCUCGUUUCUGCAAUCCUAGCAGAAGUACAUGAUCUACGAUAGUAUAUGCGACUUCUGUUCACCUAUUCCCAACAUAACAAUGUAUUAACAAAUGGUGUAAUUGUUGACGCAUAAAUAUAUCAUGAGCAUCCCAGA